UGGCUGUAUGAGGUUCUCGCUUCAUCCGGGCAGUGAAUUCGGCUAAAAAGAACAGCUUCCUGAACUUGAAUCAUCAAUAAUGUAGAGCGCAUCAGCAUGUCCCACCGGGAGGUUAUAUUGCCCUGCUCUGAGUCUUGCUAAUGUUUGUGAGGGUGGAGGAUGAAUCUCGGCCAUCUGAGGCUACACACACUCUCUUACAGAGAGGUCAGAGGGCAGAAGAUAACCGAGGGAGACCCGGAUGCUUGGCGCUGGAAACAACCCAACACUCUAAUUCCAUCUUUCUAUUACUCUGUACACACUCUCUCUCUCUCUCUCUCUCUCUCUCUCUCUCUCUCUCUCUCUCUCUCUCUCUCUCUCUCUAGCUGUGAGGUGGAACAGGAGAAGGCGGGCCAGGAGGGAGACUAAUCACUGGCUCUCAUAAGGAGGGGGCCAGUGGAGAGUGAAGCGGCUGUAUGCCUGACCACACAGCUGCUCUUUGUCCUUUUUCGUUCUCUUUCUUUCACUCUCGCACUCUGCUUUCCACUCUCCGUCCCUCCGUGAACUCUCGACACCAUGGAGCCCAACAGUCCUAAGAAGAUCCAGUUUGCCGUCCCGCUGUUUCAGAGCCAUUUGGACCCUCAGGCAGCAGAACAUAUACGCAAACGAAGGCCCACUCCAGCCACUCUCGUCAUCUAUAAUGACCCCAAUGCAUCAGGUAACGAUGAUAAGCAGUCAGCAAGCGGUCAGUCAGAGACUCAACUGUCUCCGGCCCAGAGGAAGACCAGUGUGUACACACCACCCACCAUGAGAGAACUGCAGUUGGUGGUGAACCAGCACUUUCAGAGACAUGAGCAGACGGAGACAGGGCUCUCUGACAGCCCAGACACGCCCAGUCCAAUUGCAGCACAGCAGCCCAAUGGUGCCGCGACCCAGUGGGCCAAUCACAGCUCCACAGAGUCUUAUGUCAGUUGUGAUGGACAGGCAGAGAGCAGUGAGGCGGGUGGUAAAGAUCACUCCAACAAACAGAGAUCCAGUCAGGAGGAGAGUCCCCUUCUUCCCAAACUCACUCAUUCCCACCUGGACACGCUGUCUGAGGAGCCGACGGACAGAGACGCAGUGGACCAGCCGAGCACCACAAGAGUGAUGAUGAAAGGUGAGGCAGAGUUUUCUUCGGCCUUUCAGGAGGAGGAAGAGCAGACUUUCCCUGAGGAUGAAGACACACAGGAGGAGUAACAUGCUGAUCAUUUUUGAUCAUGGCUUUAUCAGUUCUAAACUGGUUUAUUAACCAUCAGAUUUGUUCUUCAUGUCAUCUUUUUAGUACUUUAUACAUCUGUAAACACAUCUGUAUAGACAAUUAUAUCAGAACUAUCCUGUCUAUAGUAGAGGGAGUGUUUUUUUCUACUGAAGAAACGCCUUUCUUUUGUGUUUCUGUAUCUACACCAAUGUGGCCUUUUACACCAGAUUAGAGACUGUAGUAGAGGAAAUGCACAGGCUGUAAAAACCGCAGAGCCAUACACAGCAUCAAUGUUUAUUGAGAAGCAAGAAAAGUUGCUUCCAUGUUUAAAAGUGUUAUUGAAUUACUAAUUAAUUCCAACAUUGCUUGCUCAUCUGAUGAAGAACUUCUGCGUGAAACAUCCUGCUGCUCAUUAAACUUUCUAUUCUCCUCAUCAAUUUUAUC